AUGGGGCUGGAGGAGCUGGUGGUGACCGGCGCGUACGUAUCGGGCGCCGUGUGCAUCGUGCUGUUCACGCUGACCAUCAGCUGGCUGGUGGUGUGGAAGUGCGUGCUGGCCAAGAUGCCCUUCGUCCAGGAGCUGUUCGACCUCAAGCCCAAGAAGCCGUCGGCGGCGCACGACGAAAAGUCCAUUUCCUUCCAGGACCGGUACCAGGCCUACAAGCGGAAGCGGCACGCAUCAAGGAUUUCUUAG